AUGUCCACCACCACCACCACCACGCUCCCCUCCAACCUCCCCAACCCCACAAUCCACAUAACAACCCACUCCCCCACAACCGGCAAAGCGCACCUCCACUCCUCCACCCAAAACGCCUGGACCUUCCUCCGCUCCUCCACCAUCGGCUUCAACGUCAUCUACACCACCUCCCAAUUCCCCGCCAGCCUUUCCUCCAACACCGACAUCACCACGCACGAGAAAGUCGUCCAAUCCGGAACCCUCGGCCUCGUCCAACCCCACGGCACGGUGUGCCGCAUCGUCGAUUUCGGACCCCAGCACGAGCCGCUCAUGCACCGCACGCAGUCGCUCGAUUACGGCGUCGUGCUGGAGGGGGAAAUCGAGAUGGAGCUCGAUGGGGGGGAGGUUAAGGUGUUGAGGAGGGGGGAUGUGGCGGUGCAGAGGGGGACGAUGCAUGCGUGGAGGAAUCAGAGUAAGACGGAGUGGGCGAGGAUGUUGUUCGUGCUGCAGGAUUGUGAGCCGGUGGUUGUGGGGGGGGAGAGGUUGGGGGAGGAUCUGGGGGGUGAGGUGGAGGGGUUGCCGGGGAGUGGGAAUGCCUUUCACAAGCUGAUUAAGAGCUCGCUCAGCUAG